GAAUGACGUUGUACGUUAGUACGUGACGCAACGCCUUCAAACAUGGUCGACAAAGAAAACACAACUAUGGAAGUCGAUAAAGAAAAUUGUAAGCCCUUUGUUAGAGACGUUACGUCUCCGCAUGACAACGAAACCCAACGAACAGACAACCAAAGCAACUCUGACAGAAAGACAGGCGGCGCCACAGCGGAAUACUGCGAGAGGCUGCAGGCAUGGAUGUGGCAGUACUACACUGGAUAUGUGAACUGGCAAAGCUGGCUUGCGGCGUCAGCCAUGUCCUGUCCGUCUUAUUUCCCGUCGUCCGGCAGCGGAGCGUCGACGGUGGUUGAUUUCGGCUCUCAGAGGUGGCACGAGAGCCUGCUGGGUCUGCCGUUAUCGCCCUACCCGCCCGCCGCCACCACUUCCGCGAGCAGCCGCGCAGGUGAAGGCGUUGCCGGAGCUGCAGUCCCCGCGCAGCCGCCGCAGGAGAAUCGACAUGCCCAAAGAGCAGCAGGCCGGGAGUACCUCAUUCCUUCACCUCUCCAAAGACUAAUGGCUGAGAUGGUGGAUUUCUUCAUACUAUUUUUCAUUAAAGCAACCAUAAUCAUCAGCAUUAUGCAUCUUAGUGGAAUCAAAGAUGUAUCAAAGUUUGCCAUGCAUUUCAUAGUCGAGGAAAUCGACGAGGACACAUCAAUGGAAGAGCUGCAGAAAAUGAUGCUUGUUGCCCUUGUUUACAGAAUACUGGUGUGUUUUUAUGAGAUCGUGUGUAUUUGGGGAGCAGGAGGAGCCACACCGGGGAAGUUUCUUAUCGGACUCAGAGUAGUAACGUGUGAUUCUUCUAUUAUGGUUCAGCCCAACAGGGUGCUGGUGGUCCCAGCAACUAAUGUCUCUCUUUCUGCAUCAACAGUCCGAGCCUUGAAUAAAAACUUCUCCAUUGCUUUCUUUUUCCCCGCCUUCAUCACACUUCUCUUCUUCCAGCACAACAGGACUGUGUACGACAUGGUUGCCGGUACAAUAGUCGUCAAGCGAUCCAGGAUCAGAUGAUACCAAAGCAGAAGGAUUUUUACAAAAUGACAACAACCACAAAACUCAACCGCUGCUGUAAGCAGCUUCUUCUAGAAUACAGUGAAGCUGAGGUGUCUUCUAAAAGUCUGAGCCACAUCAAUGUGGACUUUUUCCAGUGUAUUACUACUAAACUAAUUCCUGACACUCACUGUAAUUCUGCAUGAAGGUCUACAUGCUGCUUUCAGUAUCUGUUUAAAGCACAGUAUGAAUGGUGGUAAAUGCACUUUUUUAUUAUCAACACAUGCUUUGCCUUUUUAUUUUAAAGUUAAUAUUAUUAUAGAUUUGUAGUUCAAAGGGGAAUAUCAUGGAUCAAACAGUGUUUAAAUGACUCUUUACUCUCAGUUUGUAUUUAUAUUAUAAUCUGUUUCUAAAAACCCUUUAAUGAGCGUUUGUAGAAUAGGAAUGUAAGGAAAAAUGUCUUAAAAGGAUGUAUAAUUGGGGUAAAAAAAAAUCAUUGCAUUGUCAAUUUUAGUGGAUAAUUUUGGUUGAAAUUGAGAAACAGCUUUUCUUUUUAUAGAGUAUCAGACGAGCUAAAAAAAACCUUUACCAUCAUCUCUUCUUUCAACACAGAAACUGCGAUGAAGUGUUUUUAAUGCAAGAGACAUUCUUUUUUAAUAUUUGAAGUAUUUAUGGCAUUCUAACAAAUUUAGAUGUGCCGCGUGUGUACUGUACCCCUCCGUUACCUUAAACAUACUAGUUUUCUAACAGGCCACUUGGUCCACCUCUCCGUCUUUUUUCAUGUUCUAUCUCGUCAAAAGCUGCUCAGGAUUGGUUUUUCCCUCAUUCUGUGAUUCCCACUGAAUAAUUUGAGCUUCAUUUUUGUACCUGAACGCCUCUUUGCAAAGUGGUGCUGCUAUCAUAUGAAACACGAGCUGGUCAGAAAGAGAGAAUCUGUAAAACUGAUGAAUCAUUUUCGAUUUAAUGAAUUUACAAAAUGUGCAAGUUAUUUCUGAAAUUUGUCAGCACUGUGUCUCAUUGUUUUUUGGAACAGAAAUGUAUUAUUUCCAAUGAGUGUGCUUCUACAUUGAGUUUAAAUAUAUUGCAGACUUCUGUGACCCCUCA